CUGCUCUACAACAACGUUGCGACCACAUCAACAACCAAGCAGAUGGGGUGGAGCCGAACUUGAGUGGUUACUCAACAUAGAAGAAGUACUCGCUAGACUUGGUUUCAUCCAAUAUCCACUUAAUACUUUGCAAUCAACUCUCUUAUUUAGGAGAUUAGCGACAACUACACAACGGUGAUUAGGUCGUAUUUAACUACUUCAAAGUAGCGACGUAAUAUAACAAACUUACUACAACCUCCCUUAUUUUUCAACAAAAUGGUGACUGUGGUGAACAGCAAAGCUGAUGUGCUCAAGGCCACACAGGCCUUGGCGGUGAACUGUAAUGCUGCCAAAAGUCUGCAGGAUAUCAUGAAGUCCAACCUCGGACCUCGAGGAACCCUGAAGAUGCUUGUCGGUGGCGCUGGACAGAUUAAGAUCACGAAGGUAUUUCCACUCAAGUUUCUGAGGCUUGUUCGUUCAAUGAUCGACAAAGAUUUUGAGAUUUUGAUUACCAUUAUGAUCAUCAUUCUUCAUUACCCACUCUUUCACAACAGGACGGCUGCGCUCUCCUGAAUGAGAUGCAGAUUCAGCAUCCAACGGCCUGUAUGAUCGCCCGUGCCGCCACUGCACAGGAUGAGAUGACAGGAGAUGGAACGACUUCCAACGUCCUUUUCACCGGUGAACUGAUGAAAUUGUCAGAGCAGUAUUUGAGCGAGGGUCUCCAUCCGCGUAUGAUUGUUGAGGGUUUUGACUUGGCACGUACCGAAGUGUUGUCGUUUCUGGACAAAUUUAAGACGCCGCUGCAGGGUGUGGAUAAGGAAGUUUUGACGCAUAUUGCCAGGACGAGUUUGAAGACGAAAGUGCCGGAGGUAUUUUUUAGAUCACUCUUUUGAUGAUAACACAUAUAAGCACAGCUUGAGAAGUAACACCACAAUCAUCUCUCAAAUAGCAACUAAUCAUCUCAGAGAUAGUCCUCCAAUAAUCUCUCAAAUAUGCCUCCACCACCCUCUCGCAGGACAUCGCCGAGCGUUUAGUCGACAUCUGCGUCGAGUCUGUCUGCUGCGUUGACCGCCGUCACGUCAGUGAAGAGCCCAUCGAUCUCCAUAUGAUCGAGAUUCUUACUAUGAAGCACAAACUUGUUAGCGAAACGCGUUUAGUUCGUGGUAUGGUUUUGGAUCACGGCAGCCGUCACCCCGAUAUGCCUGUGCGAUUGGAGAACUGUUACAUCCUGACAUGCAAUGUGUCCUUCGAAUACGAGAAGACGGAGGUACAACUAAAGAUUUUGCUGACGAGUUUUUGUUUGGAUCUCGCCGCGACCAAUAUUUGUUCACACGACCUUCUUUAAGACUUAUAGCCCUAACCCUCGUGGUCCACUGAUGUACAUGGAUACUCAACAUCACUCACAACAUCACUCACAACAUCACUCACAACAUCACUCACAACAUCACUCACAACAUCACUCACAACAUCACUCACAACAUCACUCACAACAUCACUCACAACAUCACUCACAACAUCACUCACAACAUCACUCACAACAUCACUCACAACAUCACUCACAACAUCAUUUAUCACCUUUUCCCAGGUCAACAGCGGUUUCUUCUACAACAGUGCCGACCAACGCGACAAGCUUGUUGAGAGUGAGCGCACUUUCACCGAUGAAAAGGUGAAAAAGGUUAUCGAACUAAAGCGCAAAGUCUGUGACGAGAACCCUAGCAGUCCUCCGAAAAGUUUCGUGAUUAUCAACCAGAAGGGAAUCGACGGACCCAGUCUAGAAUCCUUCGCCCGUGAAGGAAUUAUCGCUUUGCGAAGAGCCAAGAGGAGGAAUAUGGAACGGUAAUUAGUACGUAGUUUUGUGUUUUUAUUGUCGAUAGGGUUGAAGUUGAUGCUCUUGAACUUCUACUUGUAGCCUGAUCCUCGCGUGCGGUGGUAACGCUGUUAAUUUUUUGUCAAAUUCCUCCUCUCACUCUCAAAAUUGCUACAACCCUUUCAUUCUCCCUACAAAAUCAAAAAAACAGUCUGAUCCUCGCGUGCGGUGGUAACGCUGUGAACAGCGUUGAAGAUUUAGAUGAGAGCGACUUGGGUUACGCAGGUGUGGUCUACGAGCACCAGAUCGAAGACGACAAGUUCACUUUCGUCGAAAAGCCGAAAAACCCGCAUUCAUGUUUAUGUUUUGGAAUUUUGGUUGGAUUCAUUGGUGGUAAGUCGCUUUCAGCACGUGUAUGUAGUCUUUCGACCUAGUCCCUUCCACGCAGAACUCCUCUUGGUCUUGCGUGCACCCUCUAUUUGUUCGUGGUUCUUCUCUCCAAAAGCUAACAGCUAUUCACACGCCUGUCUAUCUAGACUUCGCUUUUCUUGCAUAUGAUUAUAGCGUCAUCCCAACAACGAAGUGUCCGCUCUCCCCUUCUAAUCGCUACCGUCCUCGUGACCGGACCGAACGAGCACACUUUGCAUCAGAUGAAGGAUGCGUUGAGGGAUGGGUUGAAGUCCAUAGUCAAUGCGCUUGAAGACGAGGCCGUGAUACCUGGUGCUGGCGCUUUUGAAGUCGCUGCCCACGCGCACCUGGAGGAAUAUAAGAAAACAGUCUCUGGAAAGGCGCGACUGGGAGUCGAGAUUUUUGCCAAGAGCUUGCUGAUUAUCCCGAAGAUUCUGAUUGAGAACUCAGGUAAUGAGAUAAAGAUUUUUUUUGCUCUAUUUAAUCACAAAUCAUUCUUCUACGUCUACUGCAUCUUCAUUCUGUUCAAGACAUUUUAUAAACAGUAGAUCAAUUCCUGUUACCACCUAAAAAAUACACACUUACUUACCCCAAAGAAGCUACCAGCAAGCAGAAUUCCUGUUACCUAAAAAAUACACACUUACAUACCCCAAAGAAGCUAGGAACAACCACUCCUAACCCUAGGUCUCGACGUGCAAGAAAAGCUGCUUAACCUCCUCGCCGCGCAGGAUCAGAGUGGCGGAGAGGUCCCGGUCGGCAUUGACGUUACCAACGGCGACGUUUUGUCACCCAAGGAUGAGGGUAUCUGGGACAACUAUCGCGUCAAAAAGCAGAUGUUCAACUUGGCACCAGUGUUGGCGCAACAGCUGUUGUUGGUCGAUGAGAUCAUCCGUGCAGGUGUGCAGAUGAAGAAGGCAGGAAGGGAUGCGAUCUAAGGAAAUUAGAGGGAAGAGGAAGUAGACGGAAGAGGAAGACGGAUGAUGGAAGCGGAGAGGUGUAGACCACAGGGAAAUGGAUCUGGAUCUUCCAGACAGCAUGUCCAGAAGAUAAGAGGUAGUGGACAUCAGCAUAGAGCAGGAGGUAUAGACCACAGGGAGCGAUCUUCUAGAGGAGGAGGAGGUAGUUGGCGAUCUUCUAGAGGAGGAGCAGGUAGCUUCCUUGAUGGGAACGAAGACAAGAUGUUCCGAAACACUAGGAGAGACACUUUGGAGUCCUAGAAUGGUGGUCUAGCAUUGUGCUUACACUUUGAGAUCUGUGGAACAGCUGUGGCGGAUUGAAUAAUAGCGAGGCGUCGUCUCGUCCUUUUCCUUUAUCCUCAAGAUUGCUACACACAGUCACAGCACGGCAUAGGUUUCAGUCACACUGAACUUUUAGUACUGCGAUCGAUAGAUGAUAAUUUCUUCUGUGAAUUACUUGAUGAUUUCUUUGACCUCUGGGAUGAAGUUCUGCUCGGAGACAAAUGUGAGGUGGUAAGCAUUAUCAAAGACAAGAUAUCAUUUUGAAACCCGACGUGAAGAUCUACCCCAUUUUUAAUCCGAAAUCAUGAAGAUGCAAUGUGACCUACCCUCCCCAAUAUGGCAAAGUUCUUAUGAUGUAACAAACUAAUACGGUGGUUUUCGAACAGCUUUUUACGAAAGUGUUGGUUUGUGCUUGCUUGCGCAAGAGGUCUCGAUCAGUGUGGGACCCUUUUGGUGGA